AUGGACGUGCAGAGGCAGGACGAGGAGGAGGAGGACCAGGAGAGAUGGAAGGACCGCCAGCGUUUCGCAGAAGAUAAGCGAGCAGAGAGAAGCACAGAAUCCACAAUUCACACUAUUCCUGAGCUGCUGAUGGACACCAUGGAGAAAGCAGAGAGAGACCCAGAGGAGAUCAGGAGGGAGAUGGAGCUGCAGCUGGAGGCCUGGCACAAACUGGCUCCAGGAGCUCAGGAGGAGGAGAGUGCAGCUGCCUCCAUGUGGCAUCAGUACCAGACCCUGAUCUCCGCUCUGUCCCAGCAGCUGUGUGAGCAGCUCCGCCUCAUCCUGGAGCCCACACAGGCCGCCAAGCUCAAAGGAGAUUACCGCACAGGGAAGCGUCUGAACAUGAGGAAGGUCAUCCCCUACAUCGCCAGUCAGUUCCGCAAAGACAAGAUCUGGCUGAGGAGGACCAAGCCCAGUAAGAGGGAGUACCACGUCUGUCUGGCUGUGGAUGACUCCUCCAGUUUGGUGGACAACCACUCCAAACAGCUGGCUUUUGAAUCCCUGUCAGUGAUCAUCAACGCUCUCACUCUACUGGAGGUUGGACAGGUGUCUGUGUGCAGCUUUGGCGAGCAGGUGCAGCUGCUCCACCCCUUCCAGCAGCAGUUCAACGACGAGUCCGGGGCUCGGAUCCUCCGACUGUGUCAGUUCCAGCAGAAGAAGACCAGAAUAGCUCAGUUUAUGGAGACUUCCACCAAAAUGUUUCUCGCAGCUCGGCAACAGAUUCCAGGAUCUGUAAACUCAGACACGGCCCAGCUGCUGGUCAUCGUCUCUGACGGCAGGGGUCUCUUCCUGGAGGGGAAGGAGCGGGUGACGGCAGCAGUGCGAGCAGCUCGCAGCGCAAAUGUGUUUGUCAUCUUCGUGGUUCUCGACAACCCCAACUCACGGGACUCCAUCCUCGACAUCAAGGUCCCUAUAUUCAAAGGGCCGGGGGAACUCCCAGAGUUCCGCACCUACAUGGAGGAGUUCCCCUUCCCCUUCUACGUCAUCCUGCGAGACGUCAACGCCCUGCCGGAGACGCUGAGCGACGCUCUCAGGCAGUGGUUUGAACUGGUCACGGCAGCCGACCAAUGAGAAGCCAUCUUUCACACAAAGGGAAGAAGUGUGCGGCAACCCACUGCACAAUGCCACUCUGCUGCUAAGCUUCUCAGCCAGAACUGAAAAUCAACAGAACAAAAAAAUAAAACAGAAGACGGAUUUACCGCUGUACAUGUGCCUUUAUUUUCCUAUUUUUACUGUAGAUUUUAGUAGAGUUUAAUAGCAACCUUUGCUGUUUUAUCUUUGUUAUCAGAAGAAUUGUGUUUCUUUUGUAAUGUAGCGAGGAUUGCUUUAACUUGCACGUCUCAGAUGAAGCGAUAGAAGUAAAAUUGUGAUUUCAUUGCGUGUGAACCACCUCAGUGAAGGGUCAGUAAAUACCUCUGUCCACCUUGUACAAUACCCCCAGACCAUCUGUUUGUCCGUGUGGAUGGGACAGUCAGUGCUGCAGAGAUCAUCCAGUCAUCCAUGUGUGAACACGACAGACGUGCAGAGCUGUGCUUUGUGUAAAAUGGACGUCACGACCUACAGUAGCAUGUUGUCGUGGUCGUGACUGAGGAACUCCUAAAUGUGCCUUGGAGAGGAGAACAGUGUUGCAUCUCCCUCCACAGCUGGAUCAGCUGC